AUGCUCGAGUUUGAGAAGAGAAUCAGUGAGCCUACUCUUUCUGUGAAGAAGUCUGAAAGUGAGACUCUGCUGAUUGUGUCACUUUAUGUGGAUGAUUUAUUGGUAACUGAAAGCAAUGGGGAGCUGAUUGAAGAAUUUAAGAUGCAGAUGCAAGAUGUUUUUGAGAUGACUGAUUUGGGGGAAAUGACUUACUUCCUUGGCGUGGAAGUAAAUCAAUCUGACCAUGCCAUCUUCAUAAUGGUUGAAGGUGAAAAAUUAACCAGUAGUGAGAAUCAUGAAAGGGUUGAUGAGAAGGAGUAUCGAAGCCUGGUAGGUUGUUUGCUCUACUUAACAGCUACAAGGCCUGAUAUCAUGUUUGCUGUUAGCCUCCUAUCCAGAUUCAUGCAUUGCUGCGAUGUUGUUCACUUUAAAGUAGCCAAAAGAGUUCUCAGAUAUGUGAAAGUGACUUUGAAUUAUGGAGUGAAGUUUGAGAAGAUAAAAGAGCUUAAGUUGAGAGGGUAUUCUAAUAGUGAUUGGGCUAGAUUAAUUGAUGACAUGAAAAGCACUUCUGGCCACUUCUUCACUUUUGGCUCAGAGGUCUUUUGUUGGAGUUCAAAGAAGCAACAAACCGUUGCUCAAUCAAUAGCAGAAGCAGAGUACAUUGCAGCUACUGUAGCUGUUAAUGGCUUAGGAAGCUCUUAUGUGAUUUAA